CUGGACAGCAUACAUGAUUAUCGCAAAGGCAACAGGGCCCGUCAAUUGGCCGUGCUUGAGUUGGCCUUCUUCAUGAUCCCAUUCCAUGUUUUCGCAUAUUUUCGACUAGUGCAGUUUACACAUUACUGGUUAUCGGAUAGGAGCAAUGAUCGGCUGAAAAAACAUCAUCCAACAAGGCAUAUUCAGCUGAUAUCUUGGAUUAUACUGUUUUGGUUAUUUCUCGUUGAAAUAGCACAUUUCCUGUAUUUUAUUCCCAGUUUAGUGCCAGAUUUUUUCUAUGAUUUGUGUCUUUUGUCACUUGGACUGUGGUAUCACUUUAUUAUCCCAUUGCUUGGAUUUGCAUUUCUCAAAAUUGUCAUUUGCUCGCUGAACGCGAUUGCUGUUUGUCGUCCAGUGAUCAGUUAUUGUUUUUUAAAGUUUCCUUCAGUUAAGACAUUAUGUAUGAAUAACAGCAUCCAAGUUACUCUGACACUUGCCGUUGCUAUUUUUCUGUCAUAUGCAACAUUUAUGCUACGCGACAAGAUUGCCGUCAAACGUUUGACCGUGAGGCUACACGAUUUACCAAGCGAUACGAAUGGUUUCCAGUUUGCCGUCAUUUCGGAUCUUCAUGCAGGUGCCUCAGUUUACAAAGAGCAGAUUGCCAGAGUUAUAUUUUUUGUGGGCGAUGCAAUUGACGCUCCGAGAGACGUCAUUGAGGAUCGCGUAAAAACGCUAAGGUAUCUGAAUGCAAAAACAUUCUACGUGAGUGGUAAUCACGAUUAUUACUAUGGUAAUGCUGCCGAAUGGUUUGAAUUGUUCAGUCAGUAUGGAUUUGAGGUCCUCAAUAAUAGGCAUGUGAAUUUUCGCGGCCUAUGCAUUGCUGGAGUGAAUGACUACUCGAGCGAAAGAAGUGGAUUGCCUGAUCAUAAGUUCCAGCCAGUGAGGGCGCUAAAAGGCUGUGCCCAAAACAGUACAGUUAUUGUGCUCUCGCACAAUCCGGCUUCGGCUCAAAAAAUAGCCUUCAACGAUGCUCAUCUGCGUGUUGAUCUCAUUGUAUCCGGUUAG